CCAGAAGCAACUGUACUUCAGCAUCCACAGUUCCAUCUCUCUCUCACUCAUUCACUCACUUAUCCAGUCCCUGCUGAGGGUUCCUUCUAUCGCUGUCUCUCUCUCUCUCUCUGUCUCUCCUGUGUUUGUCGCAGCAGCUAGCUGUCCUGUAGCUGACAUACACACACGCAUACCUGUCUACACCCAUCGAGAAUCUCAAGGUAAACGCUCUGCAAAACACAGACGAAGAGACCGAAGCCUCCACCCCGUGAGGCAGGGAAAGGAGCCGAGUCUGCAGGAUGGACGUGCUGAAGAAAGGGUUUUCCAUGGCCAGGGAAGGAGUGGUAGCUGCUGCAGAAAAAACCAAGCAGGGAGUAGAGGAGGCUGCAGCCAAGACCAAAGAAGGGGUCAUGUAUGUAGGUUCAAAGACAAAGGAAGGCAUGGUGCAGGGUGUAAACACAGUGACUGACAAGACCAGGGAGCAGGCUAACGUUGUGGGCGACACCAUCGUGGCAGGCGCUAACGAGGUCUCCACCAAGACAGUAGAAGGGGUGGAGAACGUGGCGGCAUCUACAGGACUGGUAAACCCGGAUGUACCAGUGAACCAGGAGGACUUAGCCUACCAGGCAGCAGAGGGUGCUAUUGAGCAGGCUGGAGACGGGGGACAGCAGGUUGGAUACUAGCCCUCUCCCUCAGGCCUUGUCUCGUGGAGUCCCCCCCCCCCCUUUCCUCCAGCCAGCAGGGGACCCCAGGAAGCUGUUUCUCCACCCCCACAGUCCCAGGUGUCGACUUCAAUGUUUGUUCCGAUUUAAAGGAAACCGAAAUCUGAUUUUAUAUAUAUAUAUAUAAAAUCCUCCCUCUCACCAUGGGUCUCUUCUUCCAUUCAGUGACCACAACCCCCAACAAAACAAAUGAGGCCCCCAGCUAAAUGUAUCAAACAAGGGGUGACAGCAAGAUUCUGUUUCAUUUUUUAACAGAAGUUUACAAAAAGAAAAGCAUGUUUAAGUGUAUUAAAAAAAUGAUUUUGGUUGGAAAUUGUGUGUGAGACCGACAUGUUUGCAAUACAUCUGUGCCCCUUUUCAGUUUCAGUGUUUGACCUCUCUCUAUAUUAACUUAUUUAUUUCAAAGCGCACUGUUUUCAGUGCUGGGGAGCCUGCUUGUUAGGACUGUCCAAAACAGAUCCCGUCCCUCUGUCCCCAAUUACUGUAUCUGUCCUUGUCCAAUGUCUGUCCCCUUGUGUCUGCUUUAGGUCUCUAGACAAAACCUCUACUGUUAUUAUUUUGAAGCCAAUGGAAAUUUAAGACUGCAUGUUGCCUUAAAAUACAUUUGCUGGCGUCUAACAAUACAAAGCAGAAGAAGUUGAUUUUAUAAAUACACCUACUAAAAUAAAUACAAUUGUUUUGUUUAAACCAAA